AGCGCAUCCCGUCGCGUAAAGAUGACAUAGUCGUGACGCGUUCCACAGUGUGCCAAUCAGAAUGACGUAUUUUCCAACGGUUAGUUUGAAAGUUUUGUGGCCGUCUGGUGUUUUUUUGAAUCAUAGCUAGCUAGUCGCAUACCUGUAUUAGUGCCUUUUAUCUGUUGUUUUUUGACGUUUGAAAUGGACCACCUUCACAGUCAAAGGAGUCUAAGUCGUGGGGAUUUAAUUUUAGAGCAGUACAAGAGAAAUGACGAACUGUUUAGAAACACGAUGGAGGGGAUAUUUCAAAAGUAUUCAUGUUUAGAUGACCAAGGACCUGAUGUUUGUUUUAAAACGAUGACCUUCAGGACUGGAAAUGGAGCUGUGCCUAUAGACAGUAUGGAGGCCGAACGGGAGCUGCAACGUCUGAGGGGUUGCCUGAAAGCUCGACAGUCACUGCAUGACACAUCUGUAGUGUUGGUCAGUGCGAAGGAUGCACAUGAUCUCUCAGAGCAAGAAAUGGAUGUAACACAGAGAACUGAGAAUGAACUGGACUGUUCCAAUCAAACACAAAACAGCUUGUGUAAUGGUACUAAGACAACCCAGCUCUCAGUGAGUGGACCUCACGGCUGUGCGUGGAUGGAGCCUUCUCAGCUUGUGGAGGAGGACCAGGAACUGGAGAGAACGCUGAGCAGCCAUGGUAGCACCCUAUUGGAUGUCUAUCCCAGCAUGCUUGACCAGAUUGGCAAGGUGUAUCACCGGCAGCGUGUGACGGACGCGGCUAGCACCGUGCUGCAAAAGUAUCGCCGCCAACGCUGGCGGCCUUCACGGGACCAGGGCCACAGACAUGACUUCAGCUGCAUUUACAACCACACGCUGAACAAAGAGAGCUCGUUCACUACCCAGAAACCACUCCACAGUAACAGAACCAGGCAUCAUAAAAGCAGGUCCAGUGCUCAGGCAGACUCCCUCUGCGGAAGCAAGGUGGAGCUUUCACCCUACAAGAGUACCAGAAAUUCACCCUCUGCAUCUAGUGGCUGCUUUUAUUCCCCCCGAAGAGACAGCGCUGAGGAAAGUGUGGCAGUAAAAAAAGGGUCACCGCACCAGCCUGUCCGCGUGUUGGACCUUUUGACAUUUCCGUCCUCUUCCUCCACUUGUUCCUCCACCUCAUCAUUAGAUCUAAAUCAAACUUAUGACAUUGAGCCAGUCGCCAUGCCAGUGCCUCGUGGUUUUCUUGCUGCUGCUGUCUGCAGCCCAACAAGAUCCAAGUGUAACUCGCCACAGAAGCAGGUUAAAAGCCCUCUUCUCAUUGGCCGAGGAGGCAGACCAAAGAUUUCCUCACAAUUCCCUUAUGAUUCUCGUCCUGGCCCUGAACAGGAAUAUAUUGAUGGCUUUGUGAGCAGGGAGCACUUCAGGAAUAGCAGAUAUUUUCCUGCCACCUCCUUACAGCAAGCCUCCAUUGGCUUUCCUGUUCCUGGUGGGAGAAGUCCCCUCAGACCCAGAGUCCUUGGCCAAGAAGAGGAACAGCAAAUGUCAUCGACCAACUACUAUCCUAAACAAACUUUACCUGUGAAUUAUAUGGAUGCAUCUGUGGUGCAACGAUCUCCUUACCGGAGUCAACAGAAGUUGCUGUCAUCUCCGCUCUCUGGGUAUCAGCAGAACCUAACUAUGUCCGAGCUACACCAAGACAGCCCCAAACCAACAAAGCGCUGGCAGGCUCACGCUGGUCUCCAGACUGUGUCCUCCUCUGUCUCCCACAUGUCCAGAAGGAAGCUUGAUGCUGAGUUCAGGAGGAUCUAUCACCACUUUAUCUGUCAGGGCCCUUCCUCUUCACGCCCCACUUCUUUCUGUCACCUGUGCGAGAGUCGGUUGGACGAUGGAGUCCAGAGACGGUCCUAUUCCUCCUCCAGCCUGUCGGCGCUUGCUCUGACACCUCCAUGGGGUCGGCUGAAGAAACGUCGUCGGCAGCCUGAGAUGGAGGAGUCGCUGAGAUUCAAGCGCUUCCGUGAGAGUUGUUCCCCUCUCUCACAGAGCAAACAGCUCUGGCUAAAAGAGCAGCAGGAGGAGCCGAACGAGGACAAACGCACCUGGAACAGGGCUCUGCUCCUGCAGUGUCCAAGCCCUGGACUCCUCAGGGCGGGUGAUAGCAUCAGGAAAGUCCCCAGCACCAAACUGGGUCUACCGACCCAUAAACACUCACCAUCUUGGAGAGAUUCAUCACGUUGCAUUGGUGCAGUGGAAGGCAGGUCACCGGUGAGAACUUGGAAGCAAAGAGGGGUCUCACUGUCACCAAGUAUGUCAAGGAGACGACUUCUGUAUGGGCCUCUCCAGUGAUGAGCUUUCCAUGUCCACGUCUGAUGGUCAUUACUUUAAAACAUUACUUCUGUAUCUUCAUGUAUGCUAAUGAAGGAUCUCUGGCAAAUCUUUUUCUACCACUUUUCUUGUCAACUUGAAAAUUCCAUUUGUAUGCAUGUUCAGUGCUUGUUUCAGUGUUUAAGCUGUUUUAAUUGUGUGCCACAUUUAUUUGCUAUUUACUGUACCUGUGUAAAGUCACAAUCAGGGACUUUCCAUACAAAGAACCACCAGCUAAUGAUGUCAACAUUUUAAAGCAUUUCUAGCAAACAGUGUAACUAUCAUUUUGUAUUAUGGUGCUGUAUAAUACAGUAACCACAUUUGUCAAGUAGGGUUGAAGGGUGUUCUUUGAGAAUCACUGGUUAUAGACAAGACCGUGCAUUUGGAAUAAAGAAAAGGUGGCUUAAGUUCCUGAUUGUGGCUUAAUUGUGAUAACU